AUGGAGGGUAUAGAGGGCACGGAGAGGUUUGACAGCCCGGGGAAGGGCAGAGGCCUGCGGGCACUGCGACACUUCUCUGUGGGUGAGCUGGUGUUCGCCUGCCCUGCCUACUCCUACGUGCUGACUGUGAAUGAGAGGGGGGCACACUGCGAGCACUGCUUCACGAGGAAAGAGGACCUUUCCAAGUGUGGGAAAUGCAAACAAGCUUUUUACUGCAAUGUUGACUGCCAGCGAGGUGAUUGGCCAUUGCAUAAAAUGGAGUGUGUUGCCAUGUGUGCCUAUGGGGAGAACUGGUGUCCCUCCGAAACUGUGCGAUUAGUAGCAAGAAUGAUUCAAAAACAGAAAGGUACAACAGAGCCCACUGUUUCAGAAAGAGCCCUCUUGUUGAAGGAGUUUGAAUCCCAUUUAGACAAAAUGGAUAGUGAGAAAGAUGAGAUGAACCAGGCAGACAUUGCAGCUUUGCAUCAUUUUUAUUCCAAACACCUCAACGAUCUCCCAAGUGAACAGGCUCUCAUUGAACUCUUAGCACAGGUGAAUUGUAAUGGUUUCACAAUAGAAGAUGAGGAGCUCUCACAUCUGGGAUCAGCUGUUUUUCCUGAUGUAGCACUUAUGAAUCAUAGCUGUAGUCCUAAUGUCAUAGUGACUUAUAAAGGCACUGUGGCUGAGGUCCGAGCAGUGAAGGAGAUCAACCCUGGAGAUGAGAUUUUUAACAGUUACAUAGACCUUCUCUAUCCAACAGACGACCGCAAAGAGAGGUUGUUAGACUCUUACUUCUUCACGUGUGAAUGUACAGAAUGCACCUCCAAGUCAAAGGACAAAGCCAAAAUGGCAUUGAAAAAGUUGAGUACACGACCAGAGCCAGAAGAAAUUCAAUCUAUGGUUCGUUAUGCAAAGAAUGUCAUUGAAGAGUUCAGGAGAGCGAAGCACUACAAGACUCCAAGUGAGCUGCUGGAGAUGUGUGAACUGAGCUUGGAGAAGAUGGGGGCCAUUUUUACAGACACCAAUGUGUACAUGCUGCACAUGAUGUAUCAGGCAAUGGGGGUGUGUCUCUACAUGCAGGACUGGGAUGGGGCUAUGAGCUACGGAGAGAAGAUUGUUCACCCGUACAGUGUACAUUAUCCUGCCUACUCCCUCAACGUGGCGUCUAUGUACCUCAAAUUGGGACGUCUCUAUUUGGGACUUGAAAAGAAGUCUCAAGGAGUGAAGGCUUUAAAAAAGGCACUGGCCAUUAUGGAGGUGGCUCAUGGAGCCUCGCGCCCAAAGUGGUUAACCAUGAGUUGGGCGGUGGAGGAGUGGAAGGAUGGCCUUCCAGGGAAAGCCUUACAAAGGAUUCAGGAAAUGGAAGUACAACUGGACAAGCUGAAGAAGGAGCGCAGCCAAAAACAGUUUCAGCUGGAGUCCUUGGAGGCAGCACUACAAAAACAGAAGCAGAAAGUUGACAGUGAACGUAAUGAAAUAUCUGCAAUGAAGAGGGAAAAUCAGUCUUUACUUGAAUCAUGUGACUCUCUAGAGAAAGCUCGUCAAAAAGCUGUCCAUGACCUUGGAAUUAAAGAGCAACAGGUUAACUACCUUGAGGGACAACUGAAUGCGUGCAAGAAAACUAUUGAACGGCUGGAGCAGGAACUUAAGAAGUACAAAAAUGAUCUUGACCGUUCACAGCCUGCAGGCAAUUCAUCUGUAGCCUCAUCUGAUAAUCCAUCAUUCUCCACCCCGCAGAAAGGUUUUGCCACACCAGCUCCAGUCCAGGCAUACAAGCACCAUGAUUAUAAAGAUAACCGCCUUGAGGACCUCCAGGAAAAAUACAGCCAGGAAGUACAAGAACGGAAAAAACUGGAGAAUGAGUUGAAGAUUUUACAGAUAAAAUUGUUGAACCAAUCGUCAGUCUCUGUGAGCCACAAGGAUAUUGCUGCCCGCCAACAAGCUGGAUCCUCUAUCUUCCCCUGGCAACAACAAGAGCAGAGCCACAGCCGUCACAUUCAAGAUGCAAUGGAAACUCCUCUGAAGAGAAGAGGUGCCUCUCUGUGGGAGCUCCACGAUCAGACACCCACUAAACCUAGCCCUCGCCGGAGCUGUGCUGUAGCAAUGCAGAGCCCCAGUGGUUCUUCUCAACACAUCGAUCAACUUAAGACUCAAAAUCAAGAAUUCCGUUCUCGUGUGUCUGAGCUGGAGAGAAACUUUGCCAAUCAGGAAAAACAAAUUAAGAGCCAGACGUCCAAAUUGCAGGAAAUGCAGGCGACGCUGAGUCAAGUCCGCAAAGAUCUGACUGAACGUGACAGAGACUUGGCAAAGAAAAGCCAUGAGCUCACUCAGGCUACAGACAAGCACCAGCAGCUUCAGUCCAAGUGUUCGUCAGUUGAGCAAAAGCUGAAGCAAGUCACAGAAGAGAUGAACUGUCAAAGGCACAAUGCUGAAAGCUGCAAAAGAGCCCUGGAACAAAAACUCAAAGAUUUGGAAAGAGAAAGCCAGAAGGAGCUUUCCCAGUUGCAGAACACUCACCAGGCUUUGGAACGACAGAUGAAUCAAACUCAGACAAAGCUAACUCAAGAAAUUCAACAAUCUAAGAAGGACUAUAAUGUAGUCCAAUCUGACAUGGAGAAGUUGAAUUUACAAAAGAAACAAUUGGAAAAGGAAGUUGAGGAGCACAAACAGAAAUUAUUGAGGUCUGAGCAGAGUCUCCAGGCCUGCCAGAGCAAAGAACAAGAUAUGUUCAAGAAAUUUGAGGAGCUCCAAAGAGAGAAAAACUAUUUAUCAGUGCAGCAGGAUCAGAGCAGUAAGCGUGUAGGUCAACUAGAAGACGAGAAGAAGAACUUGGACCAAACCCAGAAGCGCUCUCAGGGUUUACUCGAUGACCUCAGAGCAAAAUCUGAGAGUCAAGCUGAUGAAGUUAAAAGACUUCAGUCUAAAGUCGAACAACAGACUCGGGAUUUAGAAAACAUGAAAAGGAUACUGUCUGAAGCAGAGACCACAAACUCCAAGUCUCAAAGUGAUCUAUUGAAGCAGAGACAAGAGUUUGAGCAAGUCGCCAACAAAGUUAUUGUCUUGACAAAAGAGUGUGAAGAGCUGAAAUCCUGCCUGGUUUCUGCUAAAAAUGAGAAUGCAGAAGUUAAACAGGCUCAUGAAGCUCUUCUGCAGUGGAAAACCGAGAAGGAAACUCUUGUCAAUGACACUGAGGCGGUUCAAAACGAACUCAAGGAAAAACUGAGCAGCUCUGAAAUCAGUGUCAACAUGCUGAAUGAAACAAACGCAGAAUUAAAAAGGCAGCUGACUUCAGCAGAGGAGAAGCACAGCGGUUUGUCUGCUCAGAUAGACACUCUGAAAGGAGAUCUCCUGAAUAAGUGCACAGAACUAGAGGAGAGAGAGCAUCAGUACCAAAAACUCCAGUCAAACCUCUCAGAGGUCGAACUCAAACACUCUAAAGACUUGGAUAAUGUCCGUCUACAAGUGGUGCAGCUUGAGGAUCAAGUAAAAGAUAUUCAGAUGCGUCUACAGCGAGAAGUGGCCCGAGCAGAACAGGCUGAAAGAAGGCUCCUGGAAGAGCAGCAGGUAAACGGCGACCUGCUCAGCUCCAAGGAUCAGCUGCUGGAGCUCGGUCAGGCAGAGAUCAACCAACUCAGAGACAGCCUCAGUGUGGCUACAACUCAGCAGGAGGAGCAGGAAGUGAGGUUGGCUGAAGAAAAAGCAUCACUUUUGAAGCACUGUGAGGAAAGAGUACUGUCAAAGGAAGCAGAGAUUGAAGAACUGAAACUAUCUCUUCAAGAAGCCCAACAGGACCUCCUCCUGACUCAAAAUAGAAUCUCCUCCAUGGAUCAGUUGAUGAAGGUUCAGGAGCAAUUGGGAGAAGAUUGGCAGAAGAAAAUUGAAACCCUGACUGAGGGGGUUGAACAACAUAAGAAGGCGCUGAAGGAGAAAAGUGAUGAAUACGAGCAAAUUAAACAAGAGUUAAAUGAUUUAAAAUGUCACUCUGAAGAAAUGAAAAAAUGCCACAAAGAGACAGCUGAUCACAUUGUGUCUUUGGAGGAACAAAAAGUUGCCCUUGAGAAUUCAAUUCAAGAACUGAAGCAAGAAAAAGAGAUCUUCAAUAAGGCAACAGCUGAGAAGAUAAAUGGUCUUCAUGAGGAGAUUUCUUUGUUAGAGGGAAAGGUUUCUGAAGGAAAGAAUGCUGCCGACAGACUUUCUGGUUUAGAGGAUGAGCUGCAGGGGGUCACCCUGGCUUACUCUGAACUGAAGAAGGCCGAAGCAGAACAGGGUAAAUCUGCAGAACUCCUCAAGGAGAAGGUGGAGGCCAUGAACAAAAUUAAGGUUCAACUGGAGAUGCUCCAAAUGGACCUGGAGGACAAUGAGACUGUGAUGACUUCUAUUGACAAUCAGACUGAGGAGCUGAAGGGGACCAUAGAGUCUCUGGAAGCUCAGCUCGCUAACAGCAACUCCAACAUGUCUGAGAUGGAGGCCAGGCUGGAGGGCACCAAAUUACAGGUGUCUGAAUUGGAAACGCAGCUGGAAGAAAUUCAGGCUCAAAACUCUUCGCUUGAGGCCCAGUACGUCACUGCGAGAGAGGAGCUGAUGGACCGGAGCUGUGAAAUCACAAGACUGGAGGAGGAAGCCUCUCAGCGGAAAGAACUGGAAGAGGCUGUAGCUGGACUGCAAACUGCACUUGACCUCAUGAAAUCUCCUGCAUCUGGACAACCUGCAGUGGAAACUCUGCAAGAGGAAUUGGAUAAAAGCAGCAGACAGAAUGAAGACCUCAAAGAAAAAGAGAACGUUUUGAAGGUGGAACAGGAGGUUCAUCAGAAACUUGCUGGUUUACAGAUUGAGUUAGCCGACUUUAAAAAGAAGUACAACCUGCUGCAAGAACAAGUGAAGCAACAGCAUGAUUUAAUCCUGCAGCUUUCUGAACCUCAGAGCAGUGGCAGUCUGCCCAAGGCGUGUAGCCGCACCGAGGAAAUGCCAUUGUGUGGUCAGCACAUGGAGGAGGCCAUGGGUGAUGGUGCAGAUGUCCCCAAAUUGAAUAUCAGUGAUAAAAUGGAUGUUAUUCCACAAGAGUGCAUGCAAACAGGAAGAGACAGUGAAAGGGUCACCGAAGAACAGUGUCCAAAAGAUGAUGAUGUCUCCCCUAAAGUCACAAUGGAAUUGCAUCUUCUUCAUGAAGACAUGAAGUCCACUGAAAUGCCUAAUGACAACUUGAAUGGAGAAGAUGACAAACUUCAGACCCUCCACUGUGAAAUUGAUUUAUUGAAUGCUGACCUCGAACUCAGAAAAGAGAUGAGUGCUGAAAUGGGAACAUACGUACAAAACAUGGAGCAGAAAAUGGCCGACAUGGAGAGAAAAGCUCACGAGGCUGUAAAUAAACUGAAUGUCGUCUCGAAAGAAAACCGAGGCUUUGUUAACCAGAUUGGAAAACUGACGGAGGACAAUGAGUCUUUGACCCUGCAACUCCAAACCGCUAAAUGUCAGCUGGCUGAUGUCAUGGAGAUGUUUGAAGGACUUGAGAUGGCCAAAGGUGGAUGGGAUGAGAAGUUCCUCCAGCAGGAGAGUGAAUUGAAACGGGUGCGCUCAGAGAAGGCCAACUUAGAGCAGCACAUUCUGGGGAUGGAAGUUGAACUGGAGACGCUGCAGGAGGAGGGCACCAAACUGAGACAGGAGAUUGAUGCUCAAAGACGGGCGUGUUCUGGGAUGGAGAGCAGCGUGGAGAGACUCGUGACAGAGACAACACAGCUUCGGUCAGAGCUCGUCUCCUGCUCAGAGGAGCGAGAUGAUUUGAGCCGGUCUCUGUCUCAGCGCAAGGAACAAGUUCUGGGCUUGGAAAAGAGCAAUUCCGACACGAGAGAGUUGCUAUCAAUCCUGGAGGAUGACAUCAGAACGAGGAAGCGAGAGUAUGACGUCCUGCAAAGCAGCAUGGAGAAAAUAAAUGUGGAAAGGGAACAGCUGUUGGAGCAGGUCAAAACUUUAGAACAGACCCUAUAUAAGCAGAGUGGAGAAAAAGAGGAUCUCAUCGAUCAAUUGGAAAAAAUACAUGAAGACCACACCUCUGAUAUCAACAACAGCGAGUCCUUAGCCUCCAAAAUCCAGUCCCUUGAGGCUGAAGUGACUCGUUUGACGCACUCUCUGGAAUCUUCGCUCUUGGAAAAAGGAGAGAUCGCGUCUCGACUGAACACCACACAAGACGAAGUGCAGCAGAUGAGGACCGGCAUUGAGAAGCUGCAGGUGCGCAUUGAGGCGGAUGAGCGCAAGAAAAAAAAGAUGGGCGAACUACUUAAAGCUGCACAAAGGAAAGCUGACGCACUUCAAGAUCGCAUCGAUGGCCUUGAGAGGGAGAAGGAUGAUAUUGAGCAGAGUCUUGAAGAGGCCGUGGUUCAGGCGGAAAGUGUAAAAGCUGAACUGGAAGAGGAACAGUUAAAGGUGGAGGAAGAGAAAAGGGAGCUGAGUGAAAAACUGAAAGAGCUUUCUACUGAACUGGAUCAUCUCAAAUUAGAGAAAGAAAGCAUGGAACUAGAACUCUCAAUGAAAAAAGAAGAAAUUGAAGCCCUGAAAGCGGCUAAGGAAGAGCUGGAGCGAGUUCAAAUGGACCGACAACAAGAAGUGCAACAGUUGGAGAAAGCAAUGGAGGAAGCCACUGAGAAGCAGACCAAAGAAAUGCGUGACGUCCAAACCCAGCUGGAAGACUUGCACAAGAAGAUGCUUUCCCUGGAACAAGAGCGUACAGAACUAGAGGCAGAGAGAAAUCAAAUGCAAUCUGUUCUGGUGGAGUGUAAAAAUGAGAAGGAACACUUGAGCUGUUCUUUAAAUGAGUCACAAAUCGAAAAUCAAAGACUUCAGACUGAGGAAGAGCGCUUGAACUCUGAGAAGCAGAGCCUAAACUGUCGCAUUGGGGUUUUAGAAAAAGAAAUGGAAGAACUUAAAGCCACCAUUGCAGUUGUGGAAAAGGAGCGUGUCGAUUUGGAAGUGAUCAGGAAUCAGGAAGAAGGCCAGAGGAAGACAUUAGAAAAGUCCAUCUCUGCUCUCGCUGCAGACAAAGAGCAAAUUGAAGAACAAAACCGACAAGUGCAAGAAGAAAAAGAGCAACUCGAAUCAGCUCUGGUUUUAGUCACACAAGAGCGGGAUGAGCUGAAGUCCACCGUCACGAAGUUUGAGAAACAAGAAAAUACAGAGGUUCAGUCCAAAUUUGAUUUGAUGGAAAAGGACAAGAGUUAUUUGGAACAUUCUUUGUCUUUGUUGCAACAAGAUAACACAAAACUACAUUUGGAGAAAGAGGGCCUCGGGGCAGAGUUAAAGCAGUGCCAGUCUAUGAAUAGUUUGUUGAAGGAAGAGAAAGAUGAGCUGAAUAUCACAAUGCGUUCACUUGAGGAAGAGAAGAAAAGAGUUGAGGAGUGUAAAGAAAAACUGGAAUCUGAAAAGGAGCUGCUUCAGACUGCAGCGUCCUCAAUGGAAAAGGAGUUGGAAACAAGCAAAUUGUCUAUCUCGGAACUAAAUAAUCAGGUGUUAGAGUUGACUUCCCGGGCUGAGCGUCUCUCUAAAGAUAAAGACUCUGCUCUAAGCAAGAUCAACCUUUUGAUGAAAACCUGUAAACAGCUGGAAGAGGAGAAGCAAGUCAUAUUGAAAAAUGAAGAACGUGAGAAUGUCAGUGACGAGGUGAGAGAACUCAAGAUGGAAGCAGAGGAAAGUGAGAAACUAGUGCAAAGUCUGAAAGCUUCCCUCCAACUGAAGACCAGCGAGGCUCAACAAUGCAAUGAAACACUGGACGGAGUGAAGAAAGAACUAGAUCUCACGAAGAAGGAACUAGACACAACAAAGCAAGAGUUGGAGGAGACCAAGAUUGAGCUAAAUCAGCUGAAUAUUGUUGUGGAGGAGAAAAGCCAAGAGGCCGAUGAGAGCAUGGACAAGUAUUGCACUCUGAUGAUUCAAGUGCACAAGCUGGAAGAGGCAAACGAUGUUCUGACCACUCGUCUGGAGCAGAUCACCAACAAACAGACCCAUAAUGCAGAUGGUGUCCGCCGCUCAAGCAGGAAGUCCGCCUCCAAACUCCACUCCACUGAAAACUCUGAGAACAUCCCAUCCUCGCCUCUGCGCUCUCCUCCGGGGCGAGGGAAGAGAGGCCACUGUGAUGUCACCAACAAAGACACUGCUCAAGAAGCUCUGCACAACCUGACCAAGAAACUCAGAGCUACUGCUGUCACCACGCCAAAGCCCAAGGCCCAACAAGACGACGAAGAAUUCAGGCCUGAGGGACUGCCAGAGUUGGUGCAGAGAGGGUUUGCAGACAUUCCUCUGGGAGAAGCCAGUCCUUUCAUUGUUCGGAGAACCACAGUGCGGCGCUGUAGUCCUCGUCUGUCAAAACAGAGCUCCACAUCUCCUGACAAGGUGUUGGAGCCUCUUCAUCUGCAGAGUCCCUCCGCUGACGUCACCUCAAACAGGAAACGUCGUUCUCAAAGUGCAAAAGAGCAGACAUCUACAGAGAACACCCAGGCACAAGGAGAAAACUGUCAUGUUCAGUAG